AUGGCACCCAAAAUCAACUCAAAAAACCUGUCUUACAACGACUCAGCACCGCCAUUUCUUGCUGCUCUGAGGGCUCAAGCCGCUGGUGCUACAGGCCCUGAUCCACUACUCGCUGCGCAACGGAGGUCAGCUAAGAAGCGCUCCAGCAGUGAAGAAGCAGAAGAUGUGCCGCUUGUCGUGGACGAAGACGGAAACGUUGUGAGUCUUGAAGUCGACAAGGAUGGGGUUGUCAAAGACAAUGGAGAUUAUGACGUGGAACCUGCAGCUGUGAAAGAAGCCGCCAAAGAGUCAGAGAACAAAGCUGCUAUUGGAGGAAGAAAACGAAAGGUUGGAAAAGUCAUCGGUGAGACUGCUGAUGAGGCCAAGGCUGGGCAUGACGGAGAAGAUAAGAAGAAGGAGAAGGAUGAUGCUGAAAAAGAGCCAGCAAAGAACCGCAAACCCAAGAAGAAGGCCAAGAAGAUCAAGCUGAGCUUUGACGAAGAUGAAGGUUGA